AUGUACAAUAAGAAGUUUUUUUAAUUAAGAUAGUUAACUAGAAAUCUAGAUGACUGCUAUCAUAAUGAUUUAGAGAUUUAUAAUUAAAUAAUGGGAGUGGUUUUGAAACCAAAUGAAAAGAAACUAGAAAAUGAUAAAUAGCUUUUAAGAGAUUGGGAAGUCUAUAAAUAAAGAAGAUUAGAAAAUAUAAUAAAUGAAACUUUGAAAUCUCCUUGUUUUAAAAUAUGUAUUUGCAAAUUUGUAAGAAAUCGGAAGACAUCCAUAGAGUUUUGGAUUAGAGUAGCAUACGAUGUGUUUUACGAUGAUUCGUUAGGAAAAGAAAUAAGAAAGAAGUUUUGGAGUAAAAUGAAAGAAAACAGCCCAAAUUUAGAAUCAGAUUUAUAAUAAUAACAAUGGCCAGAUGAAUGGAAAUAUUUAGAAUAUGAAUCAUGUUUGAAUCUGCAGUUGAUUAAACUCUAUGAAUAGUAUAGUGCUAUAAGACUUUUUAUUGCUUAAAAAGUAAAUUAAUAUACAUCGAUAUAAUGUGAUAUUGGACGAAUGCCAUUAUUAAGAGAAGAGAAGAAAAUUAGAAUCGACUUUUCCAAAUCAACUUGGUUUCCCCCCAUAGAAAUCAAUGGCCCUGAUUUAUUGGAGUAAAUCUUUAUUUCUGAUAACUAUUAUUGUGAGCAAAUGGCAAGGUUCAUAAUAGGAAUGAAAGCCAUCAUUUUUCCGAUUUUGGAUUUCUUUAAAAAAGAGAAUGACAAUGGAAAAACUAUAAAUAUUUAUGGUAGGAAAUAUGAGUUCAUUUUGGAUGUGGUCUAUUCUUUAAAAGCUUGCUGUGGACCUAAGAUUAAUUUUACAUCAGGAUCUUUGAGAAUGAGAAAAAAUUUUAAAUGUUCUAACUCAUAUUUUGUUAAUGAAGCUACUUGCAGUGUGAUGCUAACUACAUUGUAAAAGGAAGACAUUACUAAGGAUGUGAUUGCUGAUAUCCAUCUAAAUAGUCAAGUAGGAUACUCAGCAUUCGUAUAGACUGCUAUAGAAUUAUAGGAAAUUGGAUAGAAUGAAAGAAUGAAAAGGUUGGUUCUCAUUUUCAGUCAUGAAAAAUUAAAUUUUAAGGAAGUUAAAAAAAAAGUUGUGUAUUAUCAACUCCCUGAUAAAGAUAUUGAAAGUUUAAUAGAUAGUUUGGAUUAUGAAUUCCUUUAAUAUUAUGCUAAUUUAUUAUUUAACAAAUGUAUGAUAGUUUAAUAAAAUUGCAGCUCUAGAAAACCCUUUUAUUAGAUAAUGAUUUGUAUGUGGACAUAUGUAUUGUGCAUUUACUUUUAAGAUGAUUUACCAACUCUAGUCGAUAAUGAAGUAUUUAAUUAUGUGAACUAAAAAAUUUAAUAAGAUGUUGAAAUAGAUUUAGGUUUGAGUCCAGAAAGAGAAAAUAAAAUGACUAUUUAAUUUGAUUAACCUUAAAUAAUUUACCAUGAAAUUGGGGAACCAAUUAUUGUAGAAAGUGAUAGCAAAGAAGAUGAUGAUUGUAUCAUAAUUGAUAAACCUUAAAAAUAUACUAAAUUAUGA